ACCUAGCCUGUUAGCUUGUGUGCCUACUUCUUGAAGUUUCCAGUUUUCUAUGCCUGUUUGGGAAUUCCCCUUUCCCUCUUGAAAUUUAGGUCUAAGAUGAGUGGCAAGAAGUAGAAACAGAUGGCAAAGAGAUGGAAGAGCAUACAAGUUAUAUGACGUAUGUCAGUGCGCCACUCAUGACGUUAGCUGCCUAGGUAGAAGUCAACAUAUUUAUGUGAGCUUACCCAGGUAUCUCCUGCCACCUUGAAUUUACGUCUUCGAUUCUCUACAGCAUAGAAACCAAGAAAAAGAAAUCACCAUGUCGUCGAACAACUACAGUUACAGUUCAUCCUCUGUUUCCUUCUCGUCGUCUACAACCCGCAACGGGGAGACCACUGGGUCACGCUAUGCCGAACACACCGCAAGUGACCCGUCAGGUACCACAAGGCACGUCGCAUCUCAACGCUCUGGCGAACCUUUACGUCGCGAAUACCACGAGUAUGACAACUCGGGCCGCCUAAUCUCUUCUGAAGGUCGAGCUUUGGGUAGUGGUAAUGGUGUUGACUCAAACCGUCGCAUUGAAGACGUCUCCGACGAGAAAAGCGAGAAUGAUAAAUUGUACGAAGAGCGCAUCGAAGAUGAGUAUGCGAAGAGAGAGGGUGGUGCGUGAGAAGCUAGGAUAAUCAGAGAUGCAGAGAUGGAAUGGAUUCAUUGGUUACAGAAACUAAAAUGAAUUGAGUUUACUGUACAACGAAAUGCUAAAUAUUUCUUGAUUACGGAAACAUUUUAAAUUAAAUUAUGAAGGUAUUUAAUGUAUUCUUAGUAUUGAUGUGCCUAUUUGAACAACCAAAGUAGGAGCAUCGCUGCGGAGGAUACAGCUAAUGGGGUUUCAAUGGAUGUCAGGCACAGGACUCUGGUCCCUAGGUGCAGAAUACCCUGUAAGACCACUAUAAGUAUAGCGUCGCAAAUAGACUUCCGCUAUAUUGGCGCCUAACCAUA